CAUCUAGUGCCGCAACAUCCAUCCGUGCCUCGGGAGACGGUGCGUGACUUCACAAAGGCAAAAGACAUCUUAUCUCAAUUCAGAUAAAUGCGGUUGUUGCUCCGUCCGCUAUCCGUGUCCUGUAUACCCACCACUUCAAGCCGACUCAUCCUGAGAGCACGCAGUAGCAUCACAGCGACACUGCAAAGAGCCAGGCCCUCCAGCCUCUCACUACAUCCCCAGAACCCUCACCGCAAGGCCUUUAGUACAUCCCAACCCACCCUCCAAAAAGAGAAGAGAAAAAUGACAGACGCAACGUCCCACCCCCUCUCCGGCCUCUGGGCGUCCACUCAAAUAUCGAAGCUGUACUACGGCCCUUCGACCGUCUCAAAGCACCUCCUAGAUUGCCUCCCCAGCAAAUCAAGCAAAGCCUUCAUCAUCACGGGCAACAGCCUCGCCACCAAGACCCCGCUCGUCAAGCAAGUUGAGGAGCUACUAGGCGCCCAGCACGCCGGCACGUUCAGUAACAUCGGGGAGCACGCGCCGGUCGCGCAGCUGGAUGAGGCGACUGAGAUGGUGCAGAAGGACGAGAAGAUCGACACCGUGCUGAGCAUUGGCGGGGGCUCCCCGAUUGAUUCCGCAAAGGCGAUCAGCUACCGCGUGCACGAGAAGAGCGGGAAGUGGAUGUUUCACAUCGCCAUCCCGACGACGCUGUCAGCCAGCGAGUGCACGAUGAUGGCAGGCUUCACGCAGGCGGAUGGCGUGAAAACGGGCGUCCGCGCGGUGGAACUAGUGCCAAACGUUGUCCUGUACGAUGCCUCCUUUGCUUCGCACACGCCGGAGCGGCUGUGGCUGUCGACUGGUAUGCGCGCGUUGGACCAUGCAGUCGAACUGCUGUACCACCCCACGGCGCCGGAGAUGCCGGCGCGCUGGACGUGUUUGCAGGCUGCUGCUUCCUUGUUCGAGGGGCUGAAGGCGUAUAAGGGGGGAAGCAGAGACGAGGAUACCCUGACGAAGCUGCAACUUGCAGCAUUUGCUAGUCUGGGGUUCCUCGGUACGAAUUUGAAGGGCGGGUUGGGCCUGAGCCAUGGGCUGGGGUACGCGCUGGGGAGCCCGUAUGGCAUUCCGCACGGCAUCACGAGCUGUCUUACGCUCGGACACGUUGUCAAGCUCAAGGCCGCUGCGCCGGAAGCUGCGGAGCAGAUUGCGAGGCUGCUUCCUUUCCUGGGAGAAAGCAAGAGUGGGGAUGACAAGAAGGAUGCGGAGAAGGUCGGUCAGCGUAUCCUUGACCUUGUGCAAGACCUCGGGCUGGAUAGCGAUCUGCGGAAUUACAAGGUAGACAAGGAUCAGAUUCCGGUCAUUACGAAGAGGGCGACGGGGCAGGAGGAGGGAGGGGAACUGUAUGGGAAGGUUCAAAAAUUGGUCGAGGGCCUGUUUUGACCCGGUGGCGCGAAGCUGUAAGGUACAUUUACGACAGAAUCCAAGAUUGACGUAUGAGAGAGGUUGACUUGGAGCUGUUUCCCGGUGUAUCACUAUAGCGUCUCGCAAUACAGCCUUCCGGGACAAGUUGUGCCACGGAAACUUAUCAAGAUUAUGUUCAUAGCCAAAACAUUCGAUUUGGCCUGGCAUGCUCCAUGUUCAUGGUAGUAUGCUUGCUGUGCCUGCUUCAGCGG